CCAGUCCAGCGUACACCAACUCUAUAUACUUUCUUCCUUUUUGUAGAUACUUAAGAGCCAAACUUUACUCAAAUUCAGAAUUGUAAAAGAUGACUCAAUUAUUUCUCAUCCUCUGCUUCUUCUUAACCCUUUUCAUUUCCAUAGCUACUUCUCUAAACGAUCAAGGCUUUGCUCUUCUCUCCUUUAAGCAAUCCUUACAAAACCAGAAAGAAAACUCUGUCUUUACCACUUGGAACUCCUCAGAUUCAAACCCUUGUUUUUGGCAAGGCAUUACAUGUAAUGAAGAUCAGAGAGUUGUCUCAAUCCGUCUUCCCAACAAAAACCUCACGGGUUCUCUUCAUCCUUCCAUAGGAACCCUCUUGUCCCUUAAACACAUUAACCUCAAAAACAAUGAGUUUCAAGGAAACUUACCUAUGGAGCUCUUUGCACCAAAAGGGCUUCAAAGCUUGGUGCUGUCCGGAAAUUCGUUUUCCGGGUUUGUUCCACAAGAGAUUGGGAGGUUGAAGAGUCUGAUCACUUUGGAUCUCUCAAAGAACUCUUUCAACGGUUCGAUAACUCUGUCACUUGUUCAAUGCAAUAAGCUGAAGACCCUUGUUCUUAGCAACAACAACUUCUCUGGAGAUCUACCAACCGGGUUCGGUUCUAAUUUGGUUAAUCUCCAGACGCUGAAUCUUUCUUUCAACCGCUUAAGUGGAACAAUCCCUGAAGAUAUAGGAAGUAUGAAGAAUCUGAAAGGUACUCUUGAUCUUUCUCAUAACUCCUUGUCAGGUAUGAUUCCAACAAGCCUUGGAGAUCUCCCGGAGCUUCUCUAUGUCGAUCUUUCUUACAAUAAUCUCAGUGGUACGAUACCAACAUCAAACGUCUUUCUCAACGCUGGUCCAAAUGCUUUCCAAGGGAACCCUUUGCUCUGUGGAAUACCUACAAAGGUUCCUUGCGUCACAAGGAACACACAAGUAAUUCCUUCUCAACUAUAUUCCCAAAAAGCCAACCAUCAUUCUAGGUUUUGCGUCAUACUUACAGCCAUCGGAUGCACAGUCGCUGGAAUCAUCUUUCUUGCUUCAUUAUUCAUCUACUGUCUCCGAAAAUCAUCCUCAGCUCGUGCAGACAAGGAUCAUAACAACCGAACGUGUCACUCAGAGAAGAAGACAAUGCAAGAGUUUCUCUGUUUCAAGACAGGAAACUUAGAACCCAAGGCGUUAGAGGAAAACAAAACUCAGCAGGUUUUCAUACCAAUGGACCCGGAGAUUCAGUUUGACCUAGACCAGCUUCUCAAAGCAUCGGCUUUUCUUCUAGGAAAGAGCAGGAUCGGACUUGUCUACAAAGUUGUUCUUGAAAACGGGUUAAUGUUAGCCGUUAGAAGAUUGGAAGAUAAAGGUUGGUUAAGGCUCAAAGAGUUUCUUGCUGAUGUGGAAGCAAUGGCGAAAAUCAAGCACCCUAAUGUCUUGAAUCUUCAAGCUUGUUGCUGGUCUCCUGAAGAGAAACUCCUAAUCUAUGAUUACAUACCAAAUGGUGACCUUGGUUCUGCAAUUCAAGGUAGACCAGGUAGCUUGUCCUGCAAGCAACUUUCUUGGCCGGUUCGAUUAAGAAUAUUAAGAGGAAUCGCGAAAGGAUUGACAUACAUUCACGAGUUCAGUCCCAAAAGAUACGUCCAUGGACAUAUAACCUCCAGCAACAUACUUCUCGGACCAAAUCUUGAACCGAAAAUUUCAGGUUUCGGUUUGGGGCGUAUUGUCGACAUGCCUUCUUCAGACACUACUAGAUUAGAUCAGAUCUCUCCGAUGGAGACACGCUCACCAAGUGUCUCAAGAGAAGCAUAUUAUCAAGCUCCUGAAGCUUCAAAGAUGACUAAACCGUCUCAGAAAUGGGACGUGUAUUCAUUCGGUUUAGUUGUACUUGAAAUGGUAACCGGGAAAGUUCCGGUUAUGCAGACUAAUGGUUCAGAGACGGAUUUGGUUAUGUGGGUUGAAUCGGCUGCUGAGAGAAAUAAACCGGUUUGGUUUGUUCUUGAUCCGGUUUUGGCUCGAGACAGAGAUUUGGAAGACAGUAUGGUUCAAGUGAUCAAGAUCGGUUUAGCGUGUGUACAGAAGAGCCCAGAUAAAAGACCAAUCAUGAGAAAUGUUUUUGAGAGCUUCGAAAAACUGGCAUCUUCGAUUUAAAAUAACCAAGUGUUUUCUUCUUUAUUUUUCUGAACUUCUAGAGUUUUUUGUUCAAUAAUACACUAAGUUAUCAUGAUAUAUUUGAUGUAACUAUCGCCAUUAUGUUUAUGUUCAUCCUUCUUAAUUUUGAUACUAAGGUAAGCUAUGUUGUUA